AAUAAAGAGCUGAGCAUAAAACACAGUGAUGGAGGACAGAGGAGUUGUUGUACAACUUCACUGACAGACAGGUAUUGCUAUCAAGUAUGGAGGCUGCCAUCAGUGUGUUGGUAUCCCAGUUCAAGACGUUUGCUGGGAAGGACGGAUCCUCAGACACGCUCAGUCGUGAUGAGUUCCACAGCCUGGUGACUUCCCAGCUGCCCAACUUUGUCAAGAAUGCCAGCGACCCAGCAGCCAUCGACAAACUCAUGGGCUCAUUGGAUGAGAACAAUGACGGGGAGCUGACUUUCAUGGAGUUCUGGCAUCUUAUUGGCACACUGGCGAGCCAACAUGGAGGAUUUAGCCAAUAGGAUGUCAAGACAAAACUUGGUUCACCCGAUUUAAUGUUGUGUUGUGGCACUCAUCUGGGCUGCAAUGUGUGUUGACGUUAAAUAAUCAAGGGACAAAUCAAAUAAUUUUGAACACUCUCUCGUUUAGUUGUACCAUGUUCACAGUUUAGCUAUUUUUUUUUUGGGGGGGGGGGGGGCAGCCUUAUACGUCUGAUGUAAAUAACUGAACACAUCCACACACAAAAGGAAUACAGUAGGUGCUCUGUUUGUUGCUCCGUUUUGCUCUGCUGCAAUUCCCUCAUUUGCUUUGUGUUCCCGCUGCUCUGCUCUGCUUCUCCGAGCGGCCUGUUCCAUCCCGCUGGUGGGAUGCUAUAAUCGUGCCUGUGCACAAUGCCACCGUUCCACCUUGCCAGCCAGACAAGAGCUAAUCCUAUUCAAUGUCACCACAACAUCCAUGCAAAUCAACCCUACACAGUCUUUCUCUUCUCUCUCUUUCUCUCUCUCUCUCUCUCUCUCUCUCUCCCUCUCUCACACACACACACACACACACUCAAAUGGCUUUGAAGGCAAACCGGAUGAUAUGUCUGAUUUGCGUGACUGUGUGUGAAGUCCUCUAUACACAAAGAGGUGGUUCAGCAAUCUCAAAUUCAAACGUUCUCAAACAAAACUCUUACCGUUUGAAUAAUAAAUAAUACUCACAUUUCUGA